AUGCAAAGAAUCGUACCCCUUCCCGCGCGUCAGCUGUGGGGUCAUGCGCCACGCGUGCGGUCGGUGAAGCACCUCAAUCGAAGCCGUCGCACGUUUGCGACGGUCUCCAGCACCGAACGGCCAUACGAUGUCAUAGUCAUUGGAGGGGGCCAUGCCGGCUGCGAGGCCUCUGCAGCUGCAGCACGCGCCGGUGCACGAACAGCCCUCGUUACGCCCUCUGUCGAAAACCUCGGAGUCUGCUCGUGUAACCCUUCCUUUGGCGGUAUCGGCAAGGGCACCAUGCUGCGCGAAAUCGAUGCCCUGGACGGUGUGGUGGGUCGCAUUGUCGACAAGGCUGGUGUGCAGUUUAGAGUGUUGAACAGGAAGAAAGGGCCUGCAGUGUGGGGACCGCGAGCACAGAUUGACAGGGCGCUGUAUAAGAAAUACAUGAAGGAUGAGAUGUUGAGUUACAAAGGCCUGAGUGUUGUAGAGGGGAAGGUGGCGGAUAUCAUUGUGGAUCGGACGCAAGAGGAGGGCUCGAGGGGAACGUACGGCAAGAUUACUGGUGUCAGGUUGGAGAGUGGGGAGAUUAUACCAACGGGCAACGUGGUGAUUACGACUGGCACGUUUCUGGGCGGCGAGAUACACAUUGGGCUCGAAGCAUAUCCCUCUGGGCGCAUGGGUGAGGCUGCAACGCUGGGGCUCAGCAAAAGCUUGAGGGAUGCCGGCUUCACACUGGGACGAUUGAAGACGGGGACACCACCGCGGUUAGAUGGAAGAACAAUCAACUACAAAGUUCUGGAGGCACAAGAGGGAGAUGAUCCGCCCAUGCCAUUCAGUUAUCUGAACGAGCGCGUGCAGGUGGAAAAACAACUACUGAACCACGAGACACGGACAAACGAAGCGACACACGAUGUUAUACGGAAGAACCUCGACAAAUCGAUACAUAUUCGGGAGACUGUAAAAGGUCCACGAUACUGCCCGUCGUUGGAAUCAAAGGUCAUUCGUUUUGCUGAUAAGUCAUCACACAUUGUGUGGCUGGAGCCAGAAGGCUUCGAUAACGACAUCAUAUACCCGAACGGCAUCUCUUGCACUGUACCAGCCGAUGUGCAGAAUACUAUGCUCAAGACGAUCAAGGGUCUUGAAAAUGUCACCAUGCUGCAGCCUGGCUAUGGUGUAGAAUACGACUAUGUCGACCCACGGCAUUUGCGCUCUACCCUCGAGACGAAGAACAUCUCUGGACUCUUCUUAGCUGGCCAAAUCAACGGAACAACGGGAUAUGAAGAAGCAGCCGGCCAGGGCAUAAUUGCCGGCAUCAACGCGGGGUUGAAGAGCCAGGGAAAAGAGACAAUGGUCCUGACCAGAGCAGACGGAUACAUUGGCAUCAUGAUUGACGAUCUCAUCACCAAAGGCGUAUCAGAGCCCUACCGCAUGUUCACCUCGCGCUCCGAAUACCGCAUGUCUGCGCGUGCCGACAACGCCGACACGCGGCUCACGGCCAUGGGCCGCGCCUCUGGCAUAGUCAGCGAUGCACGCUGGCAAGCCUUUGAGAAGGAAGCCGAGCAAAUGUCCGCCCUAACCAAGCUCCUCCAGUCCAAAACAAUGGGCUGGACAGACUGGCACAAGCAAGGCUUCCCCGUCCGAAACGACAGCACAAAGCGCUCCGCAUACGAUCUUCUCCGCCUCCCCAACACCACCCCCAACACCCUCGCCGCCCUCCUCCCAGACAUCCCCUCCUUCUCGCAACACAUCCGCGACCGCGUCCACAUCGAAGCCACAUACGCGCCCUACGUGGCAUCCCAGGCGGCGACGCAAGCCCGCUGGCGCAAAGACGAGCAUCUGCACCUCCCCCUCGACCUCGACUACGACUCCAUUUUCGGGCUGAGCUUCGAGGAAAAACGCGCGCUCGAGGCGGCUCGCCCCGAAAGCGUCGGCAUGGCGCGCAGAGUCGAGGGCGUCACGCCCACCGGCGCCCUGAGACUGCUGCAGUAUGUCAGGGGCGUGGGCCGCGAGGAGCGCCACGCCCGAGCUAAGCAGGAGAUUGAAGCUAGGAAGGAAAAGUACAGAGGUGCUGCUGCUGCUGCUGCUGCUACUGGGGCGGGCGUCAGUGUGGAUGGGCUGUAAGAGUAGCGUUUGUUUGCUUAUUCGUCCAUGUACAUGUAUGUCCUUGUUGUGCAUGAGUAGGAUAUUCUUAGCGUGCGGUUUGUUUUCCAAGUAAGUAUUUGUCUGUCAUGUGAUAUGGUAUAUAUAAUAUCCAUACUUUAG